GAAGAUUAGCCGGAAUACUAUGUGCGUUUAUUCAAACACGAAUGAAAGAAAUAAAAAUCCUAGACAUUUUAAUUCAGUUGAUUUGGGUUGAUUUUAAUUAUCUACUAGCACGAGGACCUAAAUUAAGCAAUGUAAAUAGCAAACAACGUAGAACAUAUAGGAUUAGAGAAGCUAGGAAGUCGGGGAUGUCCGUUUUG